UUCCCAAUUUUCUUUAUUUCUUUAUCUUUAUGUUUCUUUUUAACUUUUAUGUUAUUAUUAACUUUAUCAAAACGGUAAGUGAGUAGCUAAUAUUUUCUAGUGAUUGGCCAAAUUUUUUCCUUUAUAAUUGUGAGAUUUGAUAUUCGUUACAAUGGGUUUGCAUUAUAUAUCAAAGCAUCAAUGAAGAUAAUUCUAAACACAAAUGCGCGCAUAUAAGAAGAAAGAAAGAGAAAAAAAAUGAUGAGAGCUUAUACUAUAGUCUCUAUGUUUAUGUUAACAUUGUUAGUGACUAGAGUAACAUCUUCCCAAGUUGAUGCUUCGUGUAGUUGGACAGAGAUUUCUGAAGAAUAUGAUUAUUGUGGCGAUUCUCUCAUGCGCGGUGUUCCUUGGGUUUUUCCAUUGAAAGUUUGUUGUGAUACUAUAAAAUUGAACAAGAUGAAAUGCAUAUGCCAAAAGGUUACAAAAAUGUUUUCGCAAAACUUUGACUUUAAUAAGCUCUCCAAACUCUCUCAUGCAUGCGGCGACCUCUUAGUCCCUGGAUCUUAUUGCGGAGGUAAGUAUCAUUAGACUCUGCUUCCUCUCAAUUCUCACUAGUUUAUCGAUCAUCUAAUUCAUAUUUCUUUUGAUAUUUCAGUUUACAAAAUCCCGGAAGGCGCAUAAUUAAGAGCUAAAACACGCAUUGGGUGGGAUACUUUGUCUUUUUUUAAGAAAAUAACUACUUACAUUGUGCUGCAAGGAGACUAUUAUUAUGAAUAAUGUUCGAUACUUGAUAUGUAUUUGGUUAAGAACUAGUUUUUUUUGUUUUACAUUUGAUUUUCUUAAUCACAUUGGUUUUACAGUAAAUUGGAUUUAGUUGUUAAUUUCAGUCGAAUAGUUAUCACUAGAAGCAAGCAGACACUCGAAAAAUAUGACAAAUUACAAUAAAAUAUGAGAAAACAUUACAACAAUAUACGUAAAAUAUUUUUGUCAAAAAACAAGGGACAUAUUACGACAAAGAAACACAACUCAUUGGAUCAUUUGUUAAUUUUUUUUAUUAUUUUUUCAAUAAUGUUGAGAUUGUUAUUGAUUAUGUAAUUAUUUGUCGUAAUGUUUAGAGAGUAAACAAGAGAGAAAUUUUCAAACAAUCACUGGUUCUUGGUCAUAUUGUUUCUUGAUUCUGUUUUUCAGUUCAUAAUGAGUCU